AUGUCUAACCCAUCCUCUCGAUUGACCAACAGGGCCGACGUCGACGAUGAAGGUCCCAUCCUGUACAAGGAGGAAACAACCAAGACAACCACUUUCGAUGCCCAGGGAAAUGUCCUCGAUACCCAUGUCGAGCACAAUCCUCGCCCUGACGAAACCCACAUUCGCGACACCUCGCAACGCGCACACGGAUAUACGUCCAGUCAGGACAUUGGUGGACUGAGUUCGUAUGAUUCGGGAGACACAUCCUACACCAAUCGUGGAAGGAUGGCUUCGGACCAAUAUGGUCGCACCGGAGCUACCAACUAUCAGUCUGACAUUGGGUCCUCCCAGGCGGGACAUGGCGCCGGAGCCGGACGCGAGAAUAUCUCAUUCCGAGAUAAAGUGACCAGUCAAGCUGAGAAGACUGCUGGCAAGAUGACUUCCGACCCGAACAUGUUCAACCGGGGAGAAGCGAGGGCUGCAGGAAAAUUCAGUGAAGGUGCGCGUAGGCUGUAA